AUGAGUGCCGGUACUCUCCUUCAUGAUCCCUGUCCCGCCUUCCGUGCAGUACAUCGUGGUCCCUCUCCUCUGGGGUCGAAUGUCUACCCUUCUCGACUCCUUCAGCCCCGUCCAAUGUCUACCGCACCUCCCAAGUCACCGAAUCAUCAGCCCCGCCUGACCCCAUCGCACAUCCCGCCACCCUGGACUGACCACCGCUCCCCUUCCCCUCAUUCCCUCUUACAUCGGUACCAGACCCACGCCCCUGCGCCGCGACCAGCGCAGUACUCCUCCCGCGCUCAUUCACGCCCUGGGCCAUAUGAUCGACCGCCGUCCGACCGGUACCUUCCCAUCCCCGCUGUCCGUUCUCAGCCGCCGAUCAAAGGACGUCCCACCUCAAACGCGAUCGCACAACACGGCCGAUUUCAGAUCCGCCAGGAAGAUCUCUAUCAACCCCGCUCUUAUCCCCCUCGACCCAUAUCGAGGGGUCCACCGCCAAGAUCUCAGUCUCCAGCGGCGGCACGAGCCGAGUACGUACAGCAGCGUGAUCCCCGCCGACCACCCAGCGAGUAUCGCGAUGCGUCGCCCGACAUAUUCUUCGAGGGGUACGGGCUGAGCAAGGGCGCUCAGCGAGAUGCCAAGUGGCGCUCCAAGCAGCAGCAGCGCGAUCGCGAGCUUGCCAUGGAGGCGCAGUACGAGAGGAUGAAUGAGAGAAACCGCGCCGAGCUGGCGUACAGGGAGCAACAAUGUCAAGACCAGCACUAUCAGGAACGCCGGGAAUAUGCUCACCAGGACCCUCAUUUGCGCGAGCAUUCUUACGCGCCAGCUCUCCCUGAUCAUAUCUUCCCUCGCCAUCUUGCACCUCUUCCACAUGAACAUCGUCCCUCUUCACAUUCGAUGAGGGCGGAUCCGACGUUCGGGUUUGACGCCUGUUCAGCACGCAGGAGCACGGCCGUCUCUGUCCACAAACUGGGUGUAGCACCUGGAGUGGGCCUGUCGCCGCCUCACUUGGACGAGCGACGGCGCCUGGCGCUCUUGAGGGAACAAGAGGCAGCCAUCAACGCUGCGAGGAAGGGGUUGGCCGAUGCUGCGACUCGGAGGAAUGAGCAAGUGGCGAACCGAAAUCGGCGCGCAGAGACGGUCACGAGGGAGGCAGAUACAGAGGCUGCGCGGCUGAGAGUGGAGAGGGAGCACGCGAAGGAAGACCCGGCGAGGCGGAGGCGGAUUCAGUUGCAGGUCUUUGUGCAUGCUCGCCCCACUUACUGCCGCUGGGGUCCAUGUCGUGCUGUGCUCAACUCGUGGGGUUUGCUAGAGAAGCACAUUCUCCAAGCGCACAUCAAGCCCCUCGCUGCCCCUUUGCGGGCCCCUAGCAUAGGACUAGCCGAUGGCGGGAAGUCGAAGAAGGCGGAGUACGGAUGUCACUGGGGCGACUGCAACAAAGGCUACCUGGACAAAGAAAGGAUGUACCGCCACGCGCUUGUAGAGCACAUGGGCGAGUUCUGCGCUCGGUGUCCUUUCGAUUGCCUGUUCGAAGGCCCUACGUUCCCCUCACUGAUGGCGCAUAUCUCCCGCCGUCAUCCCCUGGUCACCCCAGACGAUUUCGUUCCCGGCUUGAUCCACUUCGAACCCCCUUCCCACACGCCUCCACCGUUACCAGAAGAUGACACUGUCAUCCGCCCCAUUCCACCGUACCUCCUUCCUGGCUCCCACACACCGGUGGUAUUGCCCUAUUAUGGUGAGCCAUCGCGAAGCAAGAGCGGAGCUUCUCAGACUUCGCUCAAAGUGCGGGUGGGGCGAGUAUCGUCUCUUUCGAGUGAAGGAUCAGUGGGGACAAUGACGCGGAGCGAGAGGUCACGGCGGGCCAAGGACGCUCUGGGAAAGCGAGUGGCGGGAAGGGUCAUCAGUGAAGUCGUCAGGCGGGCGGUAGCAGGCGCUGCAGCGAUUAAGUCAGACACAGCGGAACCCCUCGGCGGUCGUCCGUCACCGACCAGUGGUGCCGAGUGCAACGCCACAAUGGACGUCAAGGCAAUCGCCAAGCAGAUGCGAGCGGCAAUCAAGCUGGAAUCGGCAGCACAACUCCGAGGAUCUAGUAGCACUCCCUUCUCGCCACCGACCAGCCCGACUCGUGCUGGAUCCACCCGCGGCACACUUGGUCACUCCAUCAUUGCCUCCAGCGAUGGCAAAAUAGACUCCCCCAUCGAUAUCGCAGCUAUGGCGGAUGCGGUCGUACAGUCCAUCUCGACGGGUACCUGCGAGAUUCGCCCGUCGGCGAGAUUGGCCACUCCGCCAGUGCCAGGUCCAGCGAGCAGGUCGUCACCCAAGUCCCUGGCUUCUGCUCAGCAGUCAAGUCCAAGUCCGGCGUCGAACUAUUCAUCCUCGGGUUCCAGUGGUGUCCCAGACAAGGAUCCACAGGAGUACGAAACAGGCGACCUGUCGGAUCAGAGGUUGAAGGUGAAGGUAGAGUCAGCCAGAGACACGGCGGAGCCGGAGUUGAUGGUGCCUUCGCCAAGCUCGGAUCUGAAGAUCCGGCUCAAGCUGCCACGAGGAGUCGUAAGUGGGGUGAAGCGGGAGCUGGAGGAGGAGGAUACAGCGCAGAACGAAUCAGAGGGGGAAAGGUUGCCAAUCAAGAGGUUGCGGCGCAGACCGCUACGCCUCGAGUCGUAG